GUAGGCCAAGCAGUCCGUUAUUAAGGAAGUUAUAUCGCGCUCAACUUUUCCUCUUAUAGAAAGAGUAAUGGAGUUGGUUAUCGCAAAGCGAAAGACUUCAGUCAGUCGCGAUGCUAAUUCAUAGGUAGAUAUCAAUUCUGUAAAGCUACUCUCCGCUAGGCCUUGCAUUCAUUCUUGAAUAUUUAGCUACCUCUCACUCGGCUCAAACAAUUGGUAAAAUGUCUUACCCAACCUAACCUUUCCACUUGGUUCUUUAGUAAACUAUUAACUUAGCUUUGCUAUUCGACCUACGUAUGUCUGGGCCUCCUUUCAAUGGAUCCGUACGUGGGAGGUAGAAGAGUCUCUCGCAGUCAUCCCGCUCGGAACCCAUCAAGAGCAGAGAAACUCUAUAGAUGGUUGAAAUCGCCGCCUGAACCAUAUUCUAUUGAGAAACGACCUUCAUUUAGCUUGUGGUUGAGAGUUACGUGGCCGGACAUCGUAACCAUGCUUCUUCUUGGCGUAGUAGCCUUUGGUGUCUAUCUUCUUCGCCCUAUUGGAGUACGAACUUUCCCCUUGACGGUCAUCGACGCACGUACCGGCGAAGACACCGGCGAGGUCGUUUAUCCCGAAUUCGCGUAUCCGUACCGCCGUCAGUUUAUUUCCUCUGAGGUAGAUACAAUUCUCGCAAUCGUGUUCCCCCUCUUCACUUUCUUGCUUAUUCAAAUUCGCAUUCGGAAUUUUUGGGACCUCAAUAACGCUAUUAUCGGCUGCGUAUAUGCGCUCGAAACAUCAGCCGCGUUCCAAGUCAUGAUCAAGUGGCUUGUCGGCGGCCUGAGACCACAUUUUUAUGACAUCUGCCAGCCAGAUCCUAGUCUUGCCUACAACCCAGACGUUGAUGUGACGGGCCUAAAUGCUGUUGGUUAUAGACAAUACAUGUAUACCUCAGAAAUUUGCACCAUUGGUCAGGGCAGGGCUCUUUGGAACGCGAUGCAAAGUUUUCCGAGCGGUCAUUCAACAACCUCCUGUGCGGCUGGAGUAUACGUUUCCUUAUACAUCAAUGCGAAACUCAAGGUCUUUGCAAACUAUCAUCCCGCUAUGUGGAAGCUUGUUUUAGUCUACUGUCCGAUCCUGGGGGCCGCCCUCAUUUGCGGGUCCUUGACAGUUGACGGGUCACAUAAUUGGUACGACAUUCUCGCAGGUGCCACCAUAGGCACCGUCAUAGCGGUCUCGUCGUAUCGCACGGUAUAUGCAAGCGUCUGGGAUUGGCGCAUCAACCACAUACCCCUGAAUCGAGGGGCUGCGUUCAUACCUUUGAAAGAUAGUUUGGAAAGCUCAGACCUGGUGUUCACGAAUAGGGCUGGUUGGGGAAGGGGGCACUCAAAUGAUGAGAAGGAGACAUUACCAGGCCCUGUCACAGGAAGUGGAGUUAUGGGUAGCCAUCCUAGCGUACGUUCUGAGAGGCCCCCCGAUAGUACGGCAAGCCAAGCUACUAGGGAACCUCAAAACACUCCCCGUCUCUCUAGAGACCGAGACCGUGGCGCCGAUAUGGUACAGGGUUAGGUCCCAGAUGACAAGAUAUGAGGAGCACAAGGACUAAUAACUAUAGGAGUAGCAUCAGAUUAGUAUAUUAUAUACGAUUUAUUCUUCAUAAACUGUCAUAUGACGACAAGAUUGUGGUAGUAAGCAAAUGUUAUUACUGUUACUUUAGAGUUCAUGGAUGUCUAUAAAAAAGAGGACGCGACCAAGUGCCAAACUAGUUGACUGUCCACGUAUACUCUGGGCUUCGACCCGGGCAGAUUUUGGGCGUUUUAGUCUAGGUAUUCUCGGUAAAGAUAGUUAUUAUUUCGUUUGGUCAUUUGGGGUAAUAUUCCGGUAUUUCGCCAUGAACCGGUCAAGG